AUGUCGCCAUUUCACUCGCUACUCGAUGGAGGCGUCAGCUGGUUGGAGUCGCGGGGCGCCACGGGCGUGGUGUUGAAUGGCAAUGUCACCGGGACGGGCAACGGCUUCUUCCAGGCCGCCAACAACGUGACUACAACCCAGCAGAUGUUCUUCAACGAGCUCAAAUUCGCCGCCGCAAAGUCCAUCAGAACCUCGACCAUCAUCCUAGCCGGCUUCAACACUGUGGCCGCCUUCGCCACGGCCAUGGGCAUUCUGCUAGAUGCAUAUUACAGAGAGAGGCGGAACAAUCGACAGUUCAAUAUUAGGUUCGUACCGGAAGGCGACGUCUUCCCGCUGGUGCUAUCGUUCGGCAUCGUGAUUCAGAGCAUCACAUUUGCCGUGGCCCAGUCAACUGGGCUGGACACUCUUGUUGGCCUGGGAUGCACAAUGAUGGCCCAGUUGAUGUUACCUGCUGUGUUCGUGGCGCCGUACACUCAGCUGGUAUUCGGCAUUGAAACGGCGGUACGAGCCCUACGAAAGGAUCCAUUUGCGCCGAGAGGAAAGUGGACUGUGUCGAUUUGCCUGGCUAUCAUCGGAAUACUGGUUCUCGCAAACUUCCUCGUGGCCGACUUUGACCAGUCGCCAAACUUUUGUCUGACGUCUCUGUUUUGGUUUGUCGCACACUAUUCGGUCGGAUGCUUCGCUCUGCUCACCGGCAUCGUCUCGUCCCUCAUUAUUUGCCUCGUUGUCAUCUUCGUGAGACUGCACCGCAGCAUCAAGGUCGAGGUGACUGCGAGGGUAGCCGCGUCGAGAAUGGUCUAUUACCUCGCCCUUGCGAUCAUCUCCAGCGGCUUCAUGAUCCCUUACUUUUAUGCCAUGGCAUUUAUUAGCCAGCGCGGCGGCAAUGGCACUCACCUCACGCUGUCUAUGGUUGCAUCCGUUGUUGCGAACGUGUCGGGACUGAUGACUGGCGGACUUUACCUCUUCUUGAAAUCCAACACACUGUCGACCAUCGGUCCCAGGGACAAGGUCGGAGAGUAUGAAAAACGGAAGUUGAAGUACAAGAUCAGGCUGGCGGAUUCCAACGACGUGGAUCGCGACAAUGGAUCCGAUAGUCAUAUGAUGCACAGGGUGACGGGGCUCGGAAGCCUCCGCCGCACCGACAGCGAUGCAAGCUUGGUCAGCGCCGAAAAGGUCGAAGACAUCCAAGACGAUAACCAAAGCCUGGCUUCCACCACAUUCAGCGGACGAAACCCGAACCCUCUCCGCUCUAAUGCCAUAUAUCCAACCCCAGGCAUGCCCAAGGCGCCAGAACCCGCACAGUUCUCGUCCAUGGCAUCAGCAAUGGGCCAUGUGCGCAAGCGCUCUUACUCCCUAUUCCCCAAUAACUCACCUGCAGCAAAAUCGUCACUAACCCUACUCCCUGCCACGACCUAUUCACCCAACACCAAGGAAUCGGCCGCUGAUUCCCUCAAGCCUCCGCCAUCGAUGCGGAAUCUUGUGUUUGGCCGACAUCGACGAGACUCAUCUCUCGUGUCAUCGGCAACCGUCCAGAUCGGACUCCGUUUCUCCUCCGUCGAAGACAUACCACCAGUCGUAACAAGCACAGCCGCCGCGGCUGAUUCCCACGUAUACGACUUGGAAUGUCCCCUCGUCCAGAAAGAGAAGGAAGCAGCCGCUCAGAAGCGCCCAGCCGCCCUAGAUAUUAGCCCUGCUAGCACUCCCACGCUAGAAGAGUAUGAUGAUGAUACUCCGAAGCGAGAUCCUGUGAAGGACGCAAGGAUGAAGACACUGCCGCCCGUCCCGCGACGAAACACUGCGCCGCCAGUAGACGAAGGCCAGACAUUGAGUCCGAGCAUCUACAGCCCCUCCAGCCCGACCAAACUCAAGCUGCCGAGCCCCAGAGGUGUCGGUUUCAGUAUGCCGGUUGCCAAGCCCAACAAUGGCGGUAGCCCCAGUAGCCCGCCUUUGCCGACGCCGGUGCGUCGGGCAACGGACGACAGCGGGCCGAAGCCAGCCAAAUCAAAAGGCGACUGGAUCUAG